UUCAGAAACCCGGAUGUCUCUUCGGACAAGUCCGAGUUGUUAUCUCUGGGCUAGUUACUGCUGGGGAUGGGUUUUCUUCCGCAGUGCACCCGAUGGAGUGAAGUUUUACAGAUUUUUUUUUUUUUCUUCCUAUCGUUGCAGCUGCUAAUUUAUCACUUUGGCGGUUUUUACAGGUAUCGGGGCUUGGGGAAAGGCUGAAUGUUUUUCAUCAGUUUGUUUCCCCCCGUGAAGGAAAACGUAGCUUGGUUACCCCUCAGUCUUUGAGGGAGCUGGUUAUCCGGGUGACGGAUCUCGUUGCUUUCCCCUGGUUGUGUUUUGCUUUGACAGAAGAAGUCUUAAACUCCCUGAUGAUGUUUCCUCAGUGAGUUACUGAGUAAUAGCUGCUAAACGCCUUUGAAAAUUUGUGCUUGUUUUGUUGCUCUUUGAAGUAAGCUUGUGAGUAAGUAUUAGAUUGCUUGGUACCUACAAGUUUAUUUUUUAUUUUCGUUAACCCCCAAGUCAAAACGACUUCAGCAGUCCUUCUCAGACGUAUGAUUUUAAAGCUGUGUUUAAAGUGCGCUGAAGUCCAUUGUGUUCACAUACGGCCCUCGGUAAACGUUGCUCAGGUUCGUUAUUAAUCCACACCUUAACGUUCAUCUUGUGCAUAGGUGAACAAAAUAAAGCACUGUCAAAUAAAGGAGUUGUAUUUCCCAGGGUCUGGGUUCAGCUGCUUCUGUUAGAAGCAACAAAGUAGUAGAAGGACACUAGAGUGGUGGAGGGGGGGGAGAGGUCUUUACCCUGUUUGCUUUGUGCACUUCAUGUCACGGUUAACUUCUGUGGUUUCCUCUACCAGCUGGUAGUUAGACCUUAAAAACAGGAGAAACUUUCAGAUCGUAAGGAGCGGGGGAAAGAAUAUUUAGGCCAGAGCCACAAAAACGCAGUUGUGCUUGCAUCGAAUCCUUUUAAUUUUGCUUUGACUGUGUCCUGUAACUCCAUCUUCUUUAUUGUUUCUUGUCCCCUCUCUCCCCUGCAAGAUGGAAUGUAUUGACAGUUUUUUUGAGGGGAGGGAAGUCUAUUUUAUUUGCUACACAGAACAUUAAUCUCAUGUUAGGGGCUUUCAAUGAAGAGUCAAUUUAGAGGAAAAAGAAAAGAAAUUGGAACUGAAAGUUAACUAGUGUAAAUCGCUAGAGUAGGGAAAAAUCAGUGUUUACUUAAUUAUUUUGUAAGGGUGUGUGUUAAAUGUCUCACCACAAUCCUUUUAUUUGUGUUCAGGAAACGGGUAGUUAGGGUAAUGAUAAAGAAUAUGUAUUUAUUCACUAGUAUUACUUUUUGGCUCUUUGGAAAUUAGAAUGCAUAUGCAGUUUAAAGCUGCCUGAUGGUUCUCUACGCAUUCUUCAUUGGUCAGCUCAACCACAAGAUGAAAAGUAGUACUUACAACCAGAAAAUCAGAGACGGCUUCAUUUCAUAACACUUAUUGGAAUCUGUAAUCUGUGGUGUGGGUUAUUUCUUUGUAAAUCUUCUUCCUGUGUUUGUAUCAGAGAGCUUGCCUCUGUGUUUUUUUUUUCAAAUUUCUUGUUUAAAAAGCCAGUAAAAACACUAGUUAUCUUCAUUUUAAUCUAUCAUAGUAACAAAAGUUUCUAUUGUUAGUUGUCAUUAAUGUCACUUAUGCAAACCUUGGUAGCGGUUGAUGUGUAGAAACGUUUUCAAGGUAUUUUUGUACUCUUCCAGGAUAAACCUGGUAACGAACAAAGGAUGUUUUUGCCGUGUUCUUAAUGCUGUCGUCUGACGUCAGCACCUUGCUAAUUAUGUUUCCUGACUGUGCUCAGUUGGUGCUUUUCUCAUGUGUUUCUUAGUUUAGUUUCCAUCUGUAAGCAUAUCGUGCAUAAUUAAAUCAGCUUCCUUUUAUACCAUCUAAUUUGUAGCAUAAUAGUUGCACAUCUGAGCCAUUUAAAGAUUCAUAUAUGUAUUUUUUAUAAGGUUUCAACCUAAUCUUAUUUGUUCUUUUUCAGUUGGCUUUGAUUACGUUCAGUCACUGUGUAUCCUAAUACCAUUAGUUUAGAAUUAUAAAAGUCAGAUUUUUUUUGGUGUUUUACGUCCAGUUUGUUUAAAGUAUUGUGCAUCUUUAUGAAGAUUUUAAUAGUUUUGUAAUUUUUUUUUUCUUGCAGUGAAACUGUGCAUUUCGGAGGAUGGUAGUUCCUGGAAGUGCCCCAGUCAUACAGCGGGAUCAUGCCCUGGAGCCUGACUUAGGGCAAGACUGCACAGAGAAUUCUGCAAUGGGUCCCGAUACAGAGCCACCAUCCGAUGAGGUUGGCCCAGAACUGGAGGAGGUGAGAAAGCUGCAGGAGCUUGUGAGGAGACUUGAGAUCCAGAAUCAGCACCUAAGAACCAGGAGCCGCAGAAGUAUGCUUGGGACAAAUAUGCCGAGUGAGAUCCAUGCUGGUGUGGAUAACCAUGACUCUGGUCUGAAUGGAAUGGAAAUUCAUAACAGCAUCAAUGCUAUAACUGAGAAGCAAGAAUUGCAAAUAAUGGCAGAUCUGCAGAACAAGCUAAGCAAAAUAAGAAAGGAGGAGGGAGAGAACAAUUGCUUAAAAAAAGACAUAGAUGCCCAACUGAAAUAUAGCUGCAACAGUGCUAUUGAGCAACUCUCUUCUAACACGUAUAAAGCAGAAAUGAAGACUGCUGAUAAUGCUAGGUGUUCUUUACACAUGGAUACAAGUAAUAGCACAGAGCUUACGGGAAAUUUGGUCAUCGCAGAUCUUGAUUCCUCAGUUAAAAUAAAUGAACAAAAUCCCAAUGGAAAAUGUGGAGAUCUAGAAGACUUUUUGAAUAACACAGCUCUGGAUGAAGUGAAAGUGCUAGAACUUGAAAACUGCAAUGAAGAAGAAGAUAGCUGGCUGUACGUCUCCCCGAGAAAAUCAGCUGGAGAUCAGAAAACGGGCUCACCUUUAAAAUGGUGCCGGCAGGUUUUGGACAAUCCCAGUCCUGAGACAGAAGCAGCCUGCCGAACUCUUAUAAACAGACUUGACCAAGCCAGUAGAUGGAAAAACCUGUAUUGCAGUCCACUGGCAUCACCAAGUGCACAUAAUUUGAAUACAGAGACAGGCUCCUGUAGCAAUGCACUAAACUCUCCUGGGCAUCUCAAAUCGACUAACAAAGCACUACUAACCUGUGGCAGCUCAGGUUACUUGAGCAUGCAUUCUGCACUGAGCUCUCAGUCAUCUGUGGACAGUGAGCUGAGUACAUCUGAUGACUCCAUCUCGAUGGGAUAUAAGCUGCAGGACUUGACUGAUGUCCAGGUUAUGGCACGCCUUCAGGAAGAAAGUCUCCGUCAGGACUGUGCCUCUAGCUCUGCUUCUGUAUCACGUCGCAGCUCCAGUGCCUCCCUUCACUCUCUGCGAAGAGGUACCUACAGUGACCAGGAGUUCGAUACAUACAGCCUUGAGGAUGAGGAUGAUUAUGAUUGUUCCCUGUCAUACCGUAGCGCUCACAGAUAUUCACCGUCUCCACUCAGUUCACCCCGAUGUCAGUCCCCUUCUUCUGGUGCAGAUUACAGUAGGGCAUCUACCUCUCGUAUCCGUCCCCCAAGGAGAUCUGUGCAAAGUCCGAUGCAAGACCGGCUGAAGUACGCAAACAAUGAAGAGGAGAUGCGCCACAGUAUGCCCAACCUGGCUAGGACAAGCCUUCGAGCUUUGGAGUCUGUAAGGAGCAGUCGGAGCUUGGAAUCAGAUCUGCAGGUGCCAAGCAGUCGACUUUCAAGGAUUCAGCAACCAUCAACAAGUCUGGCUCCCAGUAAGCUCAGGUAUUCCUCCAGUGCUGGGCAGUCUCCUUUAACAGUACGACAAUCAAUGAAAGCAGGGUCAUGCACAAACUCUCUGUUAACACCUAGGCAGCCAGUAAAAGCCUGCAGUUACGCAAGUCCUGUCAGUGGAGUUCGAAAGCCUCAGCCUUCUUCACUUACUACGGGCUCUUCCAGUGGCAGUUCUACUACUAGAAGCAGCAAUAUGGUCACUGUAGCUAAAAAUUCACCUGUUAAAGCGCGAACAUCUGUUGGAGGAACUUCGGUGCCCAAGAGUAAAUUGACACCACCAUCCAAGAGAUUUCUUCAAUCAGCAAAGACCAGUCAGACAACUGCUGAUGAUUCCUGGAAGGAUGGGUGUUACUGAUACAACCCAAAGAGCUGAUGCACUGCCAAACACCUGUGUGAAGCAGAACCCCAGCUGGCUGGGCAUGAGAACAUUAUUUUAAAACAAUACUCUUCUCACCAGACCCAUCACAUUGGGGACUGACUUGUAUAGUUCUUUGCCUCUUCAAUGCAAACUUAUUUUUGUCAAGAGCUUAGCCUCUUUAAUUGGUGGAACAGACUACUCUCUAUUUCUACUGUUCAAAACAAGACUGAAAUAUGAGUGUCUUCACACGAAGACUGAAACUAGCCUUAUUUCUUAUAAGUCUCUGUUUGCAGCCCUUUGGAAGGCCUCUCGGCAGAAACCCAUGACCCACUAAUGAGGAUGGCUUGCUUAAAAAAGGUUACUGGUUGGCUUGUUCAUGCCAACAAGAAGCUUUGACCUGUUGCUAUGGUGUGUUACAUAGCAAUGGGUUGGGGAGACUAGAAUAGCUGUAUAGGUGUUAGAAGUAAGUCCUUUUAAAUUCAAGCUGGUGUAAUCUGAUGUUUGUCUGAACUUUUUUUUACUUCUGUAUAGAAUGUAUUUCUGCCACUUUUUAUUGUUUGUUCUAGAAGAUGAAGGUAGCUUUUAUAACUGUAGUACACGUCAAGGUGCUGUAUUCAAGUGUGUACAUCACAGUAGUCAGUUCACAAGUGAAGGAGCAGUACACAAUAUUUGUGUGGGUUUGUGAACAGGCAGUUGCAGGGACAGGUGGAUGCUAUUUGAAAACUGCUGUUUAUCAGCACCUUCAUGUCUCCUGAGGAAGCUAACAAACACUGGUUACUGAUAAAGAUAGGUGGUGUGUGUUUUUUUUUUUUUUUGAAAUAAUGCUGACUAAUUCCUCUUGAAGCAUUUCCCUUUGAUCUAUUUCAACGAGUUCUAGUCCCAGCUGCCCUUGUUUUUGUAGAAAAGUUUUCUACUGUCUCUUUGGAUAUGAAGGAUUCUGUUUAAAUGAUGUCCUUUUCCUCAGCAAGUGCUAGAGGCCAUUAAUACAGUUUUAGUACACAAUAUGCACUAAUAGCAAUGUUCUCCCUGCCAUCAAUGUGAUUGAUAGUGUAGUUUAAUAAAACGUUAUGGUGCUGAAAUAGAUUUGCCUUACAAACAGUGAGCCUGAGUGAAUUUGUGUGUGUGAGGAACAAGGCUUUUCAUAACAGCCACAGCCCUACUGCUUCUGUACUUGAGCUCCAAGGGACUUCCUCUGGAGACCUAUUUACCUACACAAGGCUCCAAGCUAGAUGGUACAAGCAUUAAUAGUUACCUUUCAUCUUUGAUUUCAUAAAAGUGGGCAGUUGUUGCCAAAGGAUGAUGCAACUUACAGCACUCAAUUCUUGUCUUCCUACAGGACAAACCCUGCAAGUGGUUUAAGUAGAACAAGAUCUGGGAAACAGCACUUGCCAAUACCUCUUGGAGUACAAAGCCCUACAAGGCAUUUCGUAGCAAAGGUCACUUUUUGCAUCAAAGUACUACAUUAGGUACUAUUCUGGCUCUUCUUUCUUACAGCUGAGUUUCAGGCUACUGUUCUGCUGUGUAUGCUCCUGUGUAAGCCAGAAAGUAAAUGCUAGCACAGGAUGGAUUAGCUGAUUUUUUUUUCCCCCUACUAAAAAUAGUAUUUACAGAAUAGUAGGUUUUAGCAUUUGGUGUGUAAAGCUUGACACCAAGGUUGAAUUUCUUACCUGAGGGAAGAGAUGCAUCUAUUUAUGCUAAUAAGAAACUUUGCUGCUUCCAUUCUUUCUUUAAGCAGGAACAUUCUCAUGUUGCACUUGCUCACGCUACUAAUUACAAUGAAUGUUUUACCAUUAGCUUCCUCAGAAAUAGCUAUAUGCCACUGUUUUCCUGGAGUUGAAAUAGCCCCCUCGCUUCCACCUUUAAGAGUAGUGCCUAGGGUAUAAUAGCAGCCUGUACCUGCCAAAGCCCAGAGAUGGAAAAAUCUACUGAUAAGGUAGAUAAGUAUAAUAUAUUACAAGAUCAUACUUGCUUGGUGAGAUUCACAAGCAACCAAGAAGAAAAGUUCUUGUUUUGAGCACUGUUAUACUUACUUAAAAAAAAAAAAGCAGCAGGCAGCUGAGACUCUUCCUCCUCUGAAUACUAGCACUUCCCUUCCACAUGUAAGAGGGCCAGACUUGGUGGUAGGGGAAGACAGAGACAACUGCAAUGACAAACAGGCUUCCUAAUACCCAUUUGACAGUGUUGUAAAUUUGCCAGGCCUUAUCAUCUUAAGGCUUUUCCCUUGUGGGGACACUUUGGGAUUUGUUCCUUUCUAAUACUUCUCCCUGGUAGAAAACCUGCUGCCUAGUUGCACUGAACACACAUUUACCUUCCCCAGGCCUAGAAAAAUGACUAGUGACACUUCAGUUAGAUCUUGCAAUUGAGAGAUCAUCUUUUGUCUUUAUUUUGGUCAGUACUCAGCAUAAGAGCAUGCCUAUACUUUACAGGCAGUGUAUUCCUCUGCAGCCUCCUAGGGUCCAGAUCUAGGACUCUAGGAUUUAAUCAGACAUUAAUGGUAGGUAAAGAACAAAACUUUCCAGUGAUGUAAGAUGUUUAACUAAAUACAAUCUUAAGCUAUUUAAAGCUUGUCAGACAUGUAAGCGUUGCAGGACGGAUAUCUACAAAGAUGCAGACUUGGAGAUAUACAUGGUUUUAGAUAGACCAUAGGCUAAUACAAAAGCAAGCAAGACAGUUAUCCAGGGCCUCAAUCUGAAGUUCGCUUCUGCUUGGAUUCAUGGUCAGCAUCACUUAAAAAAAUGCCAAGUACUUGAAGAUGGUUAUCCCUUUUCAGAAGAGGGCCACCUCUUUGACUUUUGGUCCACAGAUCAGAAGUAUGAAGCACGAAAAGAGACUAAUCAGACUAUCAGACUAAUAGGGUGUUACUUCAAGUUACAGAUCCUUUCAUUCUCUAAGCCAUUGUCAUACCAGGUGAUCUUCUUUUGCAUUUUUAUACUCUAUAUCAGCUUAAGCCCUAAAAGACAUGCCAUUAGGAUGCAUGCUUUCUUUACCUAGGUCCAAGAUAACAAUCAAUUGAACUUGAACAGUUUGUGCAAGUUUAAGAGGAAAUCCAACUCCCUCAUACUGAUGCAUGAGCCUACUCCCAACACCUUAUACUGCAUAAGCAUUUAAUAUUCCUGAGGUAGAUGAAAGGCUACAAAGCUUUCCCAGAGACUACUCCGGUGCAAGACAGUGAGCUCAGUCACUGCUGCCAUAAUCACUCUGGCAUGGUAUGGUUGGUACACACCUGCAGAAAGAAGUGUUCUUCCCAGAUAAGACUGGAGGAAGAAGGGUAUCCAUUGCUAGGGAGUUGGCUCCCUAAUGCCACUGAAAGUUUCCUUCAAAACAGAAAAUGUUCACAGAUGUUCAUUUGGCUUCCAAUAAUUACAACUUGUACUCAGUGCAGCUACUUAUUGGACUAGUUCACCUGUACUGAGCAGCAGGUACGUUGCCAUCACUUGUGUUCUCUUGUAUUCUUUCUACCCCUACAAAUACUCUGGGCAAGCAGGCAACUGUCCCUAGAUUGAUUCAGCAGCCCUCUAUACAAGGCACUUACAGAUGCUAGGAAUUCACGAAGGGGAGAAGUAAAGAUCCCCCCCACGGAAAAUUAAGUCAUGACAGACUAGCACCUGUAUCAAACCUUCAAAAAAAAAAAA